AUGAAGCGUCUCGGCAGGAUUCGCUUGUUCAUCGUCUUCCUACUUUCUGUGAAGACGCAAGGUGGCUUCCUCAGGUACUACACCGCUCACCCAGGUCAAAGGUAUGGAAACAUGUCUCGGAGAGUCACCACUCGGCAGAUGGGAGACUGUAACAUCUUAUGCUCGAGCCAGCGACCGAAACCAUGCAAGGCCUACAACUAUCGAAGUUCUGAUGGAUCCUGUGAGCUGAUUGUGAGCGACAGUAGCUCGCUCAUCCCGUUUGAAGGAUAUCAAGCUUAUGUUCAGAACUUAUGCCUGACGGAGCACCCGAUGGUGGAGAAUGCGAAUGUGACAUACGUCGGAUGGGAUGGAAGAUACCCAGCCCUUAAUGGGGCCAAGGUGCUAUUCCACUGCGAGAAGGGCUUCACAGAUGGGAAGAUGGACCAUUGGACCAUUUGUUCUGACACCCCUGAUACAUGGUGCACCUCGUUUGUUGUCGGUCGUGUGUCUUGUCCAAAACCAGAUUAUCCAGAUUGUCGUAAGACGGAGAAAGGGAAAGAAUAUAUAGGUAGAAAGAAGAAGACCGAGACCGGAAAGGACUGCAUCCGAUGGGAUCGACAGCCGUACGAGAAACCCAAGGAUUUUUCUCUGGAAAUGCGCUACAAUGAGCAUUUCUUUAACGAAGACGCAGAACUGUCCGAAAACUAUUGCCGGAAUCCAGCAUUGAGGGAGAGGCCUUGGUGUUUCGUCUCGGAUCGAGCCGUCCAAUGGGAAUAUUGUGACAUUCCUCUCUGCGAGGACUUACAUCCACUGGAGUGCAAACUGACACAGAAGGGAGCAGAAUACAUGGGAAAAGAGAACACGACCCUAGACGGCAUAAAAUGCCUGCCUUGGCUGAGUGUUCCUCUGACAUCUCAAUAUCGAUCAUGGGCGAAGAGAACCCUUGCAUUCUCAGAUGAGGUGGAUGAAAAGCACAAUUAUUGCAGAAAUCCUGGGGGUCGUCUAGGGGGUCCUUGGUGCUACGAUGGGAAAAGUCGAAAAGAUCAGGAAGUUGGAUGGCACUACUGCGACGUUCGUUUUUGUCAUCUUCAGGAAAAAGAAACUGAUGAGAAUCACGAGACAAAUGCGAAUUUUCCAAAUUGCCGGAUCACGAAAAUGGGGAAGGAAUACAUGGGCAUGAUCAGGAUGAGUGAAACGGGAAAACCAUGCAUGAAAUGGCUUGACUUCUGGAGUAUCACUAAAUACCCAGAACCAAUGCUCAAGAUCCUCCCGUUAACGAACAAUUUCAAGCUUGAAUUCAAGUAUUUCUUCCCUGAUAAUGAUCCCAAUUUCUAUGUGAAUUUCUGUCGAAAUCCUGGAUGGGGCCAGCGGCCGUGGUGUUUCGUGUCAAGGCCUCCUGCCAUCGAAUGGGAGUACUGCGACAUACCCUUCUGCAAAGACCGGGUUCCUCUUGAGUGCGCGAUGACGAGCUUGGGGUUGGAUUACAUGGGGAAGAUGAACGUGACCUCUGAGGGGAUGCCCUGUGAUCCAUGGUUGAAUUACAGCAAUCAUAAUUACCUAAGAGACAUGAGCCUACAAUUGUUCCCGGAUCCCGUGGACAGCAGGCACAACUACUGUCGUUAUUCGAAAUGGAACGAUCUAGCCUGCCUUGUUUUCCAGGGUGACAAAUUUCAUCAUGUGUCCUGUUCCGUUCCCUUCUGUUACGAGCUUCUGGAAUCCAUCCACAUAACUGGAGGCGAGGGAAAGCACGUAUAUCCACAGUGCCUACUGACGGAGAAGGGGAGGGAAUACAUUGGGACGGAGGCGAAGACAUCAACGGGAAAAGUGUGUCUAUCAUGGGUGGAAACUAUCGUGGAGGUGGAGGUGAAUCCAUUGGAGGCCGCAUUUAAAUUUGCUAAUAUAAAGAUGGAGACCCGUCAGAAGCGAGACGGCACUGUGAAUGUUCGCGAGACUGUGAAAUUUUCGGCGGAACAAAAACGAGCGAUCCUCCUCUACCAUUUUCGGAGCGGUUUGAAACCGCAACAGGCGUUCGAAGAGAUGAAGAAGAACAUCGGGGAUGAUGCUCCAGGCACUACCAUGGCGUUCGAAGAGAUGAAGAAGAACAUCGGGGACGAUGCUCCAGGCAGGACCAUGGUCUUCAAGUGGUUUCAACGAUUCGAAGCUGGUCAUUUCGAAGUCACCGAUGAUCCACGAAGUGGGCGUCCAAGAACUUCGACAGACGACGGAAUGGUUGCUGCCGUGGCAAAAUUCCUGGAAGAAGAACCCUCUGCGACCACAAAACGACUUGCCGACGUCUUUCGAGUCUCAAAAACGUCGAUUUCGUCCAUUCUUCAUGACCAACUUGACUACUCAGAGAAAUCUGCUCGUUGGGUUCCACGUCUUCUGAAACCGGAGAAGGAGGCCAGGAAAUCUGCUCGUUGGGUUCCACGUCUUCUGAAACCGGAGGAGGAGGCCAGGGUGAACUUCUGA